UUUUUUUUUUUGGUAUAUUAGUUUUGUUUCUUAAAAUUUAUUUUAUGUGAAUGGCAUUUGAAUUAUGAGUAUUUGUUUGUUUCUUUGCGGUUGAGGAGAAAAUUUUGUUAGGGUUAAGAAAAGAAGCCAAAUUUCGGAAUCUUGGGUUGAUGAUUGUUUGGCACCCAGGAAAAUUAAAACCCUGGUCUCCCAACUUCCAACUGCCUCGUGUUGUACGGAAACCAAGAUAAUGUGUACGAGAAGCUUGAAAAUUUCAUUUUCUUUCCUUGGUUUUCUCAGCAAUUACGAUACUUUCCGGGAUCGGAUUACACUGAAUCAUCUCUGGGGGGUGGUUUCUUCUAAUCUUCUGUUUGGUAGCUCAGGACCAGGAGGAAAAUAAAAGAAAUUUAAGAUCUCGGGUCGGCUGUUACACGCUGAAAUCAUUCAGCACCUUUGUUUAGUCCGCAUAACUCGCAGUCUUCUAAGUCGAUUUAAUGUUACGGUCAUGUGAAGUGGAGGUUUUCAUCUUUGAAAUCGAAUAUUCAAGAUUUUGAUCCCUUUUCUUUUCCGCCCUUUCUCAGCAACCGGUUUUUCAAGUUUUGCUUCUCUAGACCGUUAGGGCUUUGCUGUGCUUCGUUUUCUUUUCCUUUCUAUUUUCUUUUAUAGACCUAGGGUUUGAUCAACAAUUUAUCCAUGAAUGAAUUUAAGAUCGUGUCACUGCUGUUAGGGCUUUUCGUAUGUAGAAUUCCAUCUUCCAAUGGAGUCAGUGUAUCAUGUAUGAUGGUUUACGAUGAAGGUGGGGCAGCUGCAGUUUUCCGCUCGCCGGAAUGCCCUGACUGGAAACCAAUUCACAACCAGACGCUGAAUUGCCAGUUUGCAACAAUCCGGGGAUGGAGAGAAUAUCAGGAGGAUCGAAUAUCAUGCGAUCUUGAUAUGAAGAUACCCUUGCUUGAUGAAGGCAAAAGAGAGCCCAGGGAGAUGAGGGUUGGUGUGGUGGGAGUGUUUGAUGGCCAUGGUGGUGAGGAGGCCAGUGAUAUGGCCUCCAAGCUUUUCAUGGAUUAUUUUCUUCUGCACACCAUCUUCAACAUCUAUAAGAAAAUGAUAGCAUUCAAUAAAGAACAAGACACAGAUCUUCAAUCAAAAGAAGGGGAUGAAUCACUACAAAUGAAGAUUUUGAGGGAGGCAUUGUUGAGGACAAUUCAUGAAAUUGACCUAAAAUUUUCUGAGGAAGCUGUUCAAAGCAAUCUUCAUGCAGGAUCCACAGCCACUGUUGUUGUUAUCAUAGAUGGUCAAAUUUUGGUUGGGAAUGUUGGUGACUCAAAGGCCCUUCUAUGCUCAGAAAAGAAGAGCAAAUCUCACCAAGUGACUCAAGGUAGGAUAUAUUUUUCAGCUCAAGAACUGACAAGGGAUCAUCAUCCGGAUAGAGAAGAUGAAAGAGCCCGAAUUGAAGCAUCCGGUGGUUCUAUUAUUGUUUGGGGGGUGCCUCGCGUCAAUGGUAUUCUUGCAAUGUCUCGAUCAAUUGGUGAUGUUUACUUAAAAAGACACGGAGUGAUAUCUACACCGGAAUUAACAGGUUGGAGGGCCCUAACAGCCAAUGACAGUUACCUGGUAGUUGCAUCUGAUGGGAUAUUCGAAAGCUUGACCCCUGAUGACAUUUGUGACUUUAUAGGCCAUCAAAAAUCGGGUCUCUCAUCUUCAUCGUCAUUGGCUGACUGCAUUGUAGAUAUUGCUUUUGAGAAGGGCAGCACUGAUAACUUGUCAGUCAUUGUGGUUCCACUGAUAUCAAAAUAAUUUCCAAGAGGACAAUUGAGAUGAUGGUAGAAGCACUUUAAGAUUUUUUUCUUUGCUUUAUUUUACUGGCACGGCACUGCACUGCACCUCAAUGAAACAUUGCUCAGGUAUCAUCUAAUGUACUGAGUGACAACAUAGAAAAUCGAUAUACAAAUGUAGUCGACGGCUGAGCACAAAACAUACAAAUUGAGAACAUCUUCCGGAACACAAGCCUGUAUUCAAUUGUUUAUGCCCACAAUUUGUCACUGAAACAGAAUCUACGCCACUGCUCCAUCACUGGAUUGCCACCAUUAUGCCACUUGAUACAUUUAUCUGGUUUGCAGCAUGAAAAUCAUGAUUUUCUGCAGAGUGGGUGCAGAAAGUGAGACCCCGUUCAACGGGUGAGUCCAGUACUUCCGUGGAAGCCAGGGGAGACUCCCUGAAUGGGGAGAGCCAGGAUCUGUUUUAAUAUCGGUAAAUAGCUGCUACUCUUCCAGUUCAAUACUGGUCUCUGUAAGCAUGCACUUUGAAGUCCAGAGGUUUCGGGAACUAGUGAUGCUCUGUAUUAUAAACAAAUAUCAAAGAUAAGGAUGCAAAAAAUUUCAGGGAAAAUAAAAAGGCUCUGUAACAGCUUGUAAGGAUUUUCAUACAUUCUUCAGUUAGAAUUUAUGGUAUUUUCUAGUGUAAAA